AUGCCCAUAGAAAACAACGGGAAAUUUCAGAAUUUAGCGAGCUGUGAUCAGGCAGCAGAGAUAGUUCAUAUUCUUAGGACGCAAGCUUAUGCAUACUUCGACAAAGGUCCUACAACGGCCGGCAUUCCCCAGCCAGCCAAAGGCAAUGUGGCUUCUACACAAACUGUUGCUAGGGCCGCGGCGGAAGACCUGGCAGAUCGGCUUCGUGGGCGAGCAUAUGGCGCAUGCGUGAGAAGCUGGGCUAAGCCUGUUGAAGGGAUGGAAGGGGUGGAGUUUCGCUUGGGGGGAGGAGCAAGAGCAGGAAGCGGCGGCGUGCAGCUGCGCGUCGGAUACCUGGAGCUGCUGUGCGUGUUGUUAGCUAGUGACGGUUUUAAAUCGCCCUUCCUCCCCUCCCCCCUCACUUCGACUUUCCUCAGGAUGGAUGCGCGAGCGCGAGCCAAGCGCUACGAAAAGCUGGACUUCCUGGGCGAAGGGCAGUUUGCAACUGUUUAUAAAGCGAGAGACAAGAAUACAAAUCAAAUCGUUGCUAUUAAAAAGAUCAAACUUGGGCAUAGGUCAGAAGCUAAAGAUGGUAUCAACAGAACAGCACUUAGAGAAAUAAAACUGCUUCAGGAGCUUAGCCAUCCAAAUAUUAUUGGACUGCUUGAUGCAUUUGGACACAAAUCCAACAUUAGUCUAGUGUUUGACUUUAUGGAAACAGAUUUAGAGGUGAUAAUAAAGGACACUAGUCUUGUGUUGACACCUUCUCACAUCAAAGCAUAUAUGCUGAUGACACUUCAGGGUUUAGAAUAUUUACACGAACACUGGAUUCUUCAUAGGGAUCUUAAGCCAAACAAUUUGCUGCUAGAUGAAAAUGGAGUUUUGAAACUGGCUGACUUUGGUUUGGCAAAGUCUUUUGGAAGUCCAAACAGAGUUUACACACACCAAGUAGUAACAAGGUGGUAUCGAGCUCCUGAGCUACUGUUUGGUGCUAGAAUGUAUGGCGUAGGCGUAGAUAUGUGGGCAGUGGGCUGCAUAUUGGCUGAAUUACUUCUAAGGGUUCCAUUUUUGCCAGGAGACUCUGACCUGGAUCAGCUCACAAAGAUAUUUGAAACUCUGGGUACUCCAACAGAGGAGCAGUGGCCUGGCAUGACCAAUCUUCCUGAUUAUGUGACGUUUAAAAGUUUUCCUGGAAUGCUGCUUCAUCACAUCUUCAGUGCUGCUGGUGAUGAUUUGCUAGAACUGCUGCAAAGCUUAUUUAUUUUUAAUCCUUCUACCAGAGUCACAGCUACUCAGGCACUGAAACACGAUUAUUUUAGUAAUCGACCAGCCCCAACGCCUGGAAGCCAGUUGCCAAGACCCAAUUGCCCUGCAGAAGCCUUGAAAGAACAGCAAAAUCCAGUUCCAAAUUUGAAGAGGAAAAGAAUGGAUGGAAAAGAUCAAGGGUUACCUAAAAAAUUGGUGUUUUGACAACUGUGUAAAUGGGGAUAGUGAAUGUUUCUGCUGCUGUGAAGUCUGAAAAGACCAAAUGUGAGAACUCAAGUAUCAACUGAACAUGGAUGAAAGCUAAAUUUGUAAAUGUAUGUAAAAUGUAUGUAGUAUUUCUACUCUAAAAACCAUGUAUUUUUAUUAUGCCUUUUAAAAAAGAAAAAAGUGUUUAAAAUGGCUCAGUGUUUAGUAAUAUUCUCUAAAUAAGAUAUGUGGAAUUCUGCAUCAGUGCUGCUGAAUGAAAUAAUAUACUAGAAAUUCCCUGGAGACAGAGAAAAUUGUACAUAAACCCACCCACCCAGUACAGAGAAUGACAGUCUAUGUGCAGGUGAAUAUUUGUUUCCACAGUUUCUGUGUUAGGCAGAGGGGAGCCCAAAAAGUGUAGUAAUUUCAUUCCAAUUACAUGUGCCAGUGAAUUUAUGUUUAGAGGCCCAGUAACGUGGAAAGCUUUCUUUGUGUGUGGCUAUGAAAUGUGAAAACGGCAUAAUGGUGUCUGUUUGACUUCCCCUUCCUCCUGCCCUGGAUGACCAGGCUGUACUUCAGAGACCAAGAAUGGUGUUCUGCAGUAUAGGAAGGUAGGAGUUGGACUUGGGCCUUGGUUCAGUCUAGCUGAACUGGGGCAAGGCAUUCUCUAAGCCUCACUUUCACAUCUGUGAAAUGGUAGUAGGUUCUGCCUCCCAAGAUGUGUUAUGGGGGCAUAUUGCUUGAUUGGCAUUUCUCGGAGGUGAGCUCCUUACUUACAUUGAUGAGACCACUAAAAUAAUAUAGUAGGUGCCAAACGGAACAAAAGUCAACAGUGUGGUGCACUGGCACAAAAACCCUGUUAAAACCGGGUCUGGUGCACUGGCAGCAUUGUACUCAAGGUUGGCGAGAGAGACUGGGCUGGACUGGGGGAAAUAUUAAUUAGUCAUUACCUGGAGUAUUCUGGCAGUCUGAAGGGAAGACAUCCAAAGUUGCUUCUACAAAAUCUAAAUCUCCAGUUUCCGGUAGUAAAUUGAGUAGCAUAGAAUUAUUUGCAUCUGAGAUUAACUGGCCUUCUUCAGAUGAUUCUUAGGCAGUAGAAGGACAACAAAAGAAAGGGGAAAUACAAGGCUCAAUUUCUACCAGUAAACAACAUAUAUCCUGCUAUCCCCUAAACUUUCAUGUUUUGAAAUUGCACAUUGACUUCCAUUGCCAAGGUAUCAUGUUUGCAUUUGACAAUCUACUUCCUACACUUUUCUCUUAGUAGUAAAUGAUACCAGGUUGUUAUCUUGGCCUCUAAAGCUUUUGCUAUUUAAUGAACCAUACUUUUAUUAACAUGUAAGAAGUACAUGUUGGCUUAACAGUUUUUCCCAUUCAUUUUGCCCUCUGAUAAAGGCUGUAUUGUGACAAGUGUCAUGCACUGAAAACUUACGUUUUCUGAGAAAUGCAGUUCACUGCUGUGGCCUUUCACAUGAGAUAAGAUGUUCUCUCUCUUAUCAGUUGAGUGGGGUGGUGGGAGAGAGUAAUUCUGAUUUGGCUGUAGCAUCCAUAUAGCAGUUGUAGGAGACUUUUUGUCCUUGCUUUAAAUACUUUAGUGCCAUUUUGAAAGAAUGUAUUUUAUGUAAUAAAAUAAAUAAACAUGGGAAGAAGGCCAUCCAAUCCAACUUCCUACAUCAAGGCAGGAUCAAGAAUGGAUUUUAGUAGAAUACUGUAGCUUGGCCCUGGGACAAACUCUCCUUUGUCAUCCAUGAUACUUAUUGGGUCACUCCCUGUAAGCCUCACCUGCUUCACAGGGCUGUGAAGAUAAACUGAGAACAUGCCAUGUGUGCCACCAUGAGUUGGUUAGUCUGAAGUUUGAACUAAGAAAAGAUUUAAUUGUUAAGCUCUGGAAGCCAAACUCUUGUUGGAUCCUUUCACAAGAUAUUGUUAGUAAAUAAAACUGCCCUUGAGACAUAUCUCUAGGGUGAGCUCUGCCAUUUGAAAAAGAUCGGCUACUGAGGCCUAGGAAGCCUUGGUUCAGAUUAUUCCCUGGAAUCCUGCUUGUGGGUUUCCUAGAAGCAUCUUCUUAACCAUUGUUUGAUAAACUGUACUGGUUGGUUGACUGAAAACAGCUGUUCUUGUAUGUUCUUAUGUCACACCUAAGAAUUGACUUUGUGAUCAUAUUCCUGAUUUUUAACUAAUAUUCUCUCUCCCCCUAUGGUUCCUCCUUAACUAUUUUUAUCUGUUUGAAUACAGUAAGAUUUACCACAUGUA